GCUUAUGGAGCCCAAAGCCCACCAGAGCCGGCCCCUUCAAGACUAGGGGCUCCUUCCCACCCUAGGGUGCUACGCAACAGCAUGGCGCAGAAGUUCGUGGUGGGUGAGCCCCAGGGCCCCGGAGACCUGAGCUCCAGCUCUCUCAGUUCCCUCUCCUCCCACUGCCACCUGCCUGGCGACUCCGUGGGCUCCGCAACACGAUACCUGCUGAAGAAGCAGCAGCGGCUGCUGAAUGGGCCCCCGCGCGGAAUCCGAGCCUCCUCGCCCAUGGGGCGAGUCAUCCUCAUCAACUCCCCCAUCGAAGCCAACAGCGAUGAGAGCGAUGUCAUCCACGCUGUGCGGGUGGAGAAGAGCCCAGGUGGAAGGCUGGGCUUCAGUGUUCGAGGAGGCUCCGAGCAUGGCCUGGGCAUCUUUGUCAGCAAGGUGGAGGAGGGGAGCAGUGCAGAGCGGGCUGGCUUGUGCGUGGGGGACAAGAUCACAGAAGUGAAUGGGUUGAGCCUGGAGAGCACCACCAUGGGUAGCGCUGUGAAGGUGUUGACAGGAAGCGGCCGCCUACACAUGAUGGUUCGUCGCAUGGGCCGUGUGCCAGCCAUCAAGUUCUCCAAGGAGAAGACCACAUGGGUGGACGUGGUGAACCGGAGGCUGGUGGUGGAGAAAUGCAGCUCCACUCGCUCGGAAAGCAGCUCAGAGGACGGGGCGCGGCGCAUCGUGCACCUCUACACCACCUCUGACGACUUCUGCCUGGGGUUCAACAUCCGUGGGGGCAAGGAGUUCGGCCUUGGCAUCUACGUGUCCAAGGUGGACCAUGGCGGGCUGGCUGAGGAGCAUGGCAUCAAAGUGGGGGACCAAGUGCUGGCGGCCAACGGUGUCAGGUUCGACGACCUCAGCCACAGCCAGGCCGUGGAGGUGCUCAAAGGCCAGACCCACAUCAUGAUGACUAUCAAGGAGACUGGCCGGUACCCUGCUUACAAGGAGAUGGUCUCUGAGUACUGUUGGUUGGACCGAUUGAGCAACGGGGCACUUCAGCAGCUGUCCCCCGCAUCCGAGAGCAGCUCCAGCGUUUCCUCAUUUGCCUCCAGCAUCCCCUACAGCUCGGCCGAGGGCUCAGGCUCCCUGGCUUCUGAUCGCAUGGACGUGUGUCUGGGGCCCGAGGAGCCAGGCUGGGGCCGAGCAGACACCGCCAUGCAGACGGAGCCUGAUCUGGGGGGCCACGUGGAAACCUGGUGCAGCAUGCGCCCCACGGUCAUCCUCAGGGACACAGCCAUCCGUUCCGAGGGACCCGCAUCCACCCGCCGCCUUGAUUCUGCCCUCUCUGAGUCCCCCAAGACUGCCCUGCUGCUGGCGCUCAGUCGUCCCCGGCCCCCCAUCACCCGCUCGCAGAGCCACCUGACCUUGUGGGAAGAGAAGAAGCAACGGAAAAAGGAGAAGUUGGGGUCCUCUGGGGAGAAAGGGGCCUUGCAGCGCUCCAAGACGCUGAUGAACCUCUUCUUCAAGGGAGGGCGGCAGGGCCGGCUGUCAGGGGAUGGGCACAGAGAGGCCUGGACACUGGAUUGCCGGAGCCCCACCAGGUCGCGCCCUCGCCUGGACAUAGAAAAAGCAGGGAGCGUGGGGCCUGUGCAGAAGUCUGUGACCUGGAGACUGAGACGUGACCGGGAGAGGGGCCGUGCCCUGUUCUCCAGCAGGCCCGCCAGCCCCUGCAGCCACCUGCCUGAGGUAGAAGAGCGGGUGCAGGCCUGGGAGAGCCGCAGGCCCCUGAUUCAGGACCUGGCCAGGCGGCUACUCACUGAGGACGAGGUGUUGGCUGUCACCCGUCACUGCUCCCGGUAUGUGCAAGAAGGUGGCGUGGAGGACCUGGUGAGGCCACUGCUGGCCAUCCUGGACAGGCCCACCAAGCUGCUGCUACUGAGGGACAUCAGGAGUGUGGUGGCCCCCACGGACUUGGGCCGCUUUGACAGUAUGGUGAUGCCAGUGGAGCUGGAAGCAUUCGAGGCCCUCAGGAGCAGGGCAGUGCGACCUCCUGCUUUGCGGCCAGCCCGCCAGGACACACCACCCAAGAGACACCUCAUCACACCUGUGCCUGACAGUCGUGGCGGCUUCUAUCUGCUGCCUGUGAACGGUUUCUCCGAAGAGGAAGGUGACAGCGAACUGAGGGAGCGGCUGGAAGACCUGCAGAUGUCCCCUGGGGCCACUGCCCCACGCAACCCCCAGAAAGGGAUCCCUCCUCUCCAGGACGUGCCAGUAGAUGGCUUCACCCCGCGCCGGAACACCUGUACCCCUUCUCCCCAGCCACCACCCGUGGCUCCCCGGCCACAGAGGCCCAACUGGUUGCUGACUGAACCCCGAGAAGAUGCUCCUUCUCCUUCUCGGCAGAGCCGGAGUCAGGGACCAGCCCAGAGCCGCAGCCGAAGCCGGGGCAGGGCCAAGUCCCCCGGAAGAAGACGGUCCCCUUCCCCAGCGCACACCCCGCACCCCAGCACGGCCAAUGGCCGCUAUCACAAGCCUCGGAAGGCCAGGCCUGCUCUGCCCAGGCCUCUGGAUGGGCAGUCAGGUCAGGCAGGGGACAGUCCAGUGGCCUCUGAGAACGGAACUGUCAGGCCAGCAGCAGAGGAGGCGGCCACACAGGGUUCCAUGGGGGAGUUGAGGACAGUCACACUGUCCAAGGCCAAGCAGUCUCUGGGUAUCAGCAUUUCUGGGGGCAUCGAGUCCAGGGUGCAGCCUGUGGUGAAGAUAGAAAAGAUCUUCCCGGGUGGGGCUGCUUUCCUCAGUGGGACCUUGCAGGCUGGCUUCGAGCUUGUGGCCGUGGACGGGGAGAGCCUGGAGCAGGUGACCCACCAGCGAGCCGUGGAUACCAUCCGCCGGGCUUAUCGGAACAAGGCCCGGGAACCCAUGGAGCUGGUGGUCAGGGUCCCUGUGCCAGGGUCCCUACCCUCUGGCUCAUCAGUUCUCCCUGAUGAGUGUCCAGCAGCUGACCAGCUCCCACCCACUGGCCCCUGAUGCCACUCCGGGUUGCAUCCUCCCUGGGUCCUUGCCUCUUCCACCGGCCAGGCUCCUUCCCAUGGGCGUCCUGUCCUCCCCAGGCCACGCCCACAGAUGCCAGCUCCUCCCACGAGUCUGCUCCCUCUUUUACUGACCUCAUCCUCCUGGGACCCUUAGACUCCUCCUGUCCCCUAAGCUCCACACUGCUGGCUAUGAGUUCCUGCUUCCUUCUUUCCCAUCCUCACUAGGGCUCUGCCCUCCCAGAUGAAGAAGUGAACAAGGACAGAUCUCUGAGCAUGCCCACUAGCCCCAGCCUCCCACUGGGGGCCUGCAGCUGGGGAGUAGCACUUUCUCAAGAGCCCCUCUGGAUUCCCUCCAGGCACCAGGCCACAUGG